AUGCAUAACUUUUUUGACUCUCAGUACUACGAGAUUGAAACCGGUUUAGCAUCAAAGAACUAAAUUGUAUUUCUAAAAGUUGAAACAAAUAACUUCCUUAGGUGCUAAUUAUUGUUAGAAAAUACAAUUUUAACGUUGAAAAAAAUUGGAGAAGAAGCAGAAAAUUUGGAAACAAUAAAUAUUGCUAACGCAUAUCUAGAAUUUAAUGAUCAUAUUUGUAUGGGAAGAGGUGUGAGUAUUCGAUAGCAAAACAAAGAACUACUCAUCUUUGGUCUAACUUCUUAAUUGAAGCAAAUACUGAAACUUUAUGGAAUUCAAAAAGAUUUUGCUAGUUAAUAUAAGGUUUUGAAAUAAAUAGGAAGUGGAAGUUUUGGAAAAGUUUACAAAGUAAAGAGUGCUUAAAAUGAAUAAUUAUAUGCUGUCAAAAUGUUCGAGAAAUAAUUAUUGCUUGAUCCUCGAGAUAAAAGCGCUAUCCUUAAGGAAAUCUAGAUAUUAAGAUUGAUGGAUCAUCCCAAUGUUCUAUCCAUUAAGGAAUGUUACGAAAGUGACUAAUGCAUAUUCUUGGUGGAAGAUCUUUUUGACAAGUAAAUGGAAAUCAGUCAAGAAAAUAUCCUUAAAGAAGAGAAGGCAAUCAAUUUGCUAUUGAAACUCUUAAAUGGACUUGAGUACAUUCACUCCAAAAAAAUAAUUCAUCGUGAUAUUAAACCGAAUAAUAUUUUAUUUCGAAAUUUUGAGGAUCUUGUCAUAGCAGAUUUUGGAUUGGCAGAUUUUUACAGACCAGAUGGAUGUUAUCUCUUUAAGAAGUGUGGUACUAGAAAUUAUGUGGCUCCUGAGAUCAUAAAGUCUCAAUAUUAUGAUUAUAAAGUGGAUAUUUAUAGUUUGGGAGUUGUGUUCCAUUAAUUGCUCACUGCUUAAUUCCCGCAUCCUUGGGACAAUUUUAAGCAUUCUCCAGAUUGUUAAGCAUUGCUGAUCGGAAUGUUGCAUUCUAAUCCAAGCGAAAGAUUCUCAAUUUCAGAAAUAAGGUAGAAUAUACUUGUCAGACGAGUAUAUAGAAGAGGCUAAAUUCUUGAUGCCAUGGGAAGUCUAUCUGAUAUUGCUAAAACCAAUUAGAACACUCCAUAAGUUUAGACUAAACCAUUCUAACUUUAUUCAGUAUGA